AUGUGUACUGUUAAUGGUGUGGACAGUUCCACCACAGAAUUUGCGCCAGCCACUCAGCCAUACGGCGACCUGAGCUACCGCAGCGGGACUCCUGCCGCGGCUGAGCCGCCCACGGCUGACCGCCCCGCUCCCCCACCUGGUGGCAUCGGCGCCUCCUGCAUGUGGACUCUUUCUCAAGAGGAGAAGGACAGGAGGCUGAUCGAGGCAGCUAAGCAGGGGGCCGUGGAGGAGCUGCAGCCGUUGCUGGCGGCUGGAGCGAACGUGACAGCGAGGUCUGAGUACAGGCAGACCACUGCCCUCCACUGGUCAGCAGAGAGAGGAGACGUCGAGGUGGUCAAGAGGCUGUUGGCGGCUGGGGCAGAGGUGGACGCCAGGUGCACCCAGCAUCAGGACACGCCUAUGAUCUGGGCUGUGUGGAAUGGCCACACAGGUGUGGUGCGGCUGCUGGUGGCGGCCCACGCCGACCUGAGGGCCACAAAUGAGGGUGGCCUGACGCCGCUGCACUGUGCGGCGUGGCAGGGAUACCCAGAGGUGGCGAAGGUGCUACUGGAUGCUGGGGCUGACUGGUGGGCAACAAGUAAUGACGGAAGUACACCACUGGACAUCGCCAGGCUACACAACUUCCCAAAGCUGAUCCAACUACUAAGCCCAUCUACUAGUUUAGCACACCUCUCUGGAGUAUAA